GCAUAGCACCGUCCGUGUUCGGCCCGGCCCAGGUGCCGUGCUGCCGGCUGACGUGACCCCACGACUGUUAUUCCGAGCGCUCUGUACCGGGCGUAGCGUCGCGCACCCGCACGGGCGGCCCCGGUGCCGUCGCUCCGCGAGAGGCGCUGUCGCUGCAGGGCUGCUCGGCGCCGUGCUGCUCCGCCCCGCCCCGCCCCGCGGGACGACGACUCCCGUCACGGCUCCCCCCGCCCUGCGGGACCACGGCUCCCGUCACGCCUCGCGGGCGGACGCGGCACUUGUCGCUCCCCGUCGCCCUCAGCCCGGGGCAGAGCCACUGCUGUCCCGCCCUUCCGCUUCCCGGCGGGUCGGAGGCGGCGCGGGUUGCGAGCCGACGCGGGGCCGCAGUUCUUCCAAUGGCUUCUUUUGGCUGGAAGAGAAAGAUCGGCGAGAAGGUCUCAAGAGCCACUUCCCAGCAGUUUGAAGCAGAGGCUGCGGACGAGAAGGGUCCGGGUGCUGAUGAAGAUGAGGAGUGGGUGCACGCCACGAAGAGAAGGAAGGAGGUUCUCCUCGAAGACUGCGUGAGGAAGAGCAAACAGCUGAAGGAUGAAGGUGCGAGUUUGGCUGAAAAUAGGAGGUACCGGGAGGCUAUUCAAAAGUGGGAUGAAGCACUUCAGUUAACUCCAGAGGAUGCUACACUUUAUGAGAUGAAAUCACAGGUCCUGAUGUCUUUACAUGAAAUGUUCCCAGCAGUGCAUGCAGCAGAAAUGGCUGUUCAGAGAAACCCACGUUCCUGGGAUGCCUGGCAGACUUUGGGACGUGCCCAGCUUGGAUUAGGCGAGAUAGCGCUGGCAAUCCGGAGUUUUCAGGUUUCCUUACACAUCUUUCCAAUGAACCCUGAAGUAUGGAAGGAGGACCUUUCUUGGGCAAGAAAACUACAUGAACAGCAGAAGGCAACAAAGACUGAGGCAGUGCAAGCACAGGCCAAAGGAAAAGAGAUUGCACAAGCAUCGAUCCCAGACUAUGACUUCGAAAGUGAUGAAAUUGUGGCAGUCUGUGCUGCCAUUGCAGAGAAGGAGAAAGCUCUUUCAGAAGCUAAAACUGUCGUGAUUGUGUCUGCUUCAGGCACAGUAGAGACUGUUACUGAGAAAGAGAACUGCACUUCAACUCCCGAUGAAUCUGUUUUUAUCAGAGCCCGAUAGGACAGCCCUGUGGAUUGUCAGUACUGCUUCAAAUGUCAUUUAUCACAUUGGGUUUUGUUUUUUAAGCAGUAGGGGAGCCUACAAAAGUAAAAGAUUGAAUUUUUCUGUUGUAAAGUGAAAAAAAAAAGACACAAGUUGUUUUUUAAGAGGAAAUGCAAGAUUUUGUUUUGAAAAUCUCAUUAACAAAUGUAAUGUUAAAACGCUUGACUACAUUCUCAUGUUGAUCUUACCACAUUUCAUAAUUUUACAGGUUAAUGUCUACAUUUUCUGAGUAAUAAAUGAACUGUUGUUUAAAAUGCAAAAGAAAAAGGGAUUUAAAAAUAUCUAUUUCAGUCCUUAAUUAUUACCAUUAUUUAUCUUCCAGCUAUGGUGAACUGUUCUCUGUUAUCAGAAGCUUUUAUUUUCAUUAAGAUUAAUUUUCUUAUGGGGAAGUUUUCUAUGAAGCAGAGAUGGACUUUUAUUUUGCGUUUGUUGUGUCUGUGAUAGACCAGGGAUCUGAUCUGUAGUCAAACAAAAUUGGUAAAACCUUUCAUGCUGCUUUCAGAGGUGAAUGGUUAAAUACUUUGGAUGAAAGGCAGUGCUGUACCAAACAAGCACCUGAAUGCUUAAUUGUUAUUAAGUGUUUCACCAGAAGAGUGAACAUUCAGCUGAGACUGAAACUGGCCUUUUCCUAUCUUAAGUGCUAAACUACAAAUACCACUGCAAGUAGAACGUUGGGAGUUGGAAAUAGAUACGUCUGCAGGAUACUGUAUUUUACUUAGCCUUUCCUUUCCACGUAAGGCUAAUCUUAUAGAGGGGAUCAGUUUACUUUUGACAGUUCUUGCGACCUGCCAGUUAAAUUACGGUCUUGGUGAACCAGUUGUUCAGGGCAGCAUUGCCUGAGUCUCCAUUUUUAUUCUUUUUGGAUUAUAGAUGCUGUGAUGGAUAAACUCAACAGACUUGCUUCCUUAGUCUUCAUCUUUGUUUAGGGGAAGGUGGCCACUGGUUCCUUAUAUGAACUGUUUAGAAAAACAAAAUCAGGCAGUUUUCUCUGAUGUGCUCUUUGCUAAGACCUCUCUCUUUUCAUUGUCAGAGUAGACAGGAUAGAGAUGAUAGUGUCCAGACUGAACUGGAUAAAACAGUCUACUGAAGAACUCUCAGAAAUUCAGGGUUGGGAACAUAUUUCCACUUAACUUUUGUAAUAUUUUGAAUGAAAAAAAUAUUUAAAAUAAUAGUGAAAACUUUUGAAAUCUCUAAAUCUUUAAUACUUCAUUUCUAUUUUCAAAAUAACACAUUUUAAAGAAAAUAAUAUUAUUGUUGCCCAUAUAGCGUCGUGAAUUUUGCAGUAGAAUGUUUAUUGUUGUUGCCCAACUCAGAGCAUAUUUCAGUUGAAUAUUGCUAAUUCUUAAGAGGACGGUUACAUUUUCUGCAGAAAUUAGUUAUGCUUUUGAAAGACGCAAUUGCCACGUUCUUACGUGACUGAGCUUUCAUUAAUUUUUGAAAAUACAUGGAUUUUUUUUUUAGAUCUGUGUACAUGCACACAUAUAAUGUGCACUUUUUCACAUUUAAAUAUCCAAAAUAAUUAUAAUUACAGUGACUAUUAAAAAAAAUGUAAGACAUCACCAUGCUAUGUUUUUGUUUAUUCAUUUCUGAAAUAGAUUUUUAAAUGCUUGUUGAAUAGGUGUUGGAUUCCUGUUUGAAAUGCUCUGUUGUAGAAUUUCUUCAUCUUUUUUUUUUUUUUCCUAACAAAUAAUACAAUCUGUUCAGCAGUAGAAAGAGUAAGAAGAGUUUGACAGAUCUCUUCAAAGAAGAGCCACUCUGUUUGGAGAAAGAAAUGUGCAAAAAAGCUGUAAGAUGUUUUCUGUUUCCCAUUUUGAAGUAGUUCGGCUGUAAUCAAAUAAAUCUUUCCUUUCUUUGUCUUUUAUAAUUACAUCGGUGUUGUGUAUUUACUCAUAUGGAAAGGACUCCCUUCCUCCUGCAGAGGUCAUUGUUAUCACUGUGUCUGUUUCUGCUGAAACGAUUUGCAAAAUUACUGUUGACUUCAGUGCUGUUGGUCAAAGCUAUGGGAGUGUGCAUCUGUACCAUCACGCUCAACAGCUGCGUUGGGCUGGAGGGGUUGUUGUUCCAAUUCCCAGUACUAAAUGUGUUUUUCAUUCUGAUGUUACUAGGUUAUAAAUUCUAGGUGUUAUCUUGUCAGUAAUAUCUUGAAACAGAUAGUAGAUAAGUUGUUGUUACCGUGUUGCUCUUGGGGAGGAAGCUUCACAACUGAUAUUGCAACCUCUCUCUUUUCUUGUAAGGCAUGCCAUGUUCUGCAUGCACAGGAUUUUCUGGAUCUGUUUGAAUAAAAUAAUGACUUCUCUGA